AAAAAAUCCAUUUCCUCAUUGAGGAUAAAAUGAAUCAAAGUUUAAAAGUUGAUGAGAAAAAUAUUGUAAUAAUUUUGAGAAAUUAUUUGAGAACGGACAAUUAUUGGCGAAAGUCAUUUACAAAAUAGUGUGUUAAGACUUCCAUAAGUUAGUGCUUAAUUGAAACAUACAUAAAAAAAGUAUAAAAAAUAUUUUAAGCGAAAAUAAGAGAAAGAGAGAUAAUUUUUUUGAGAGAGUAAAGUUGAAUUAAAAAGAGAAAUAGAGAGAGAAUCAUGGAGGAAGAAAAUAAUAUUAGUGAAAACACAUCGCCGAAAAAGAAUAUUAAUGAAAUAAAGAGUAGUGAGGAAGAAAGAAAUAAUGAAAACAUCGUAACAUCUUCUUCGUCGUCAGUUACCGAAAAGUCGGAAGAAAAAAAUGAAAAUCAAAUUAAUGCAAAUGUGAGUCCAAAAUGUUUGAAUGCUAAUCAAUGUAAGAAAGCUAAUCAGCAACAACAGCAGCAGCAGCAACAACAGAAGAAGAACAACAAAAGACGUCGCAAGCGUUCAUGUCGAACUCGCAAAAACUCUGGUGGAAACUUUAAAUAUAAUCCAAAAGGCAAGCGACGUGAAGUUCCAACACAUCGAGAUCAAGCUCUACGUCAUCAACUCUUCUUUACUGACAGUCAACGGCUAGUUCCAUAUAAUACAAAUGAAUUUCUCAUGGAGGAUCAUUACCCAAAAAUAUCACCAAAUUUUAAUUAUCAUCCAUAUAAUCACGAUUCAUUCUCGUCAAGCGAUUGCGGCAUGUCUGGAUCAUUAGAUGAAGAUGAGUUUUUAACCAAAGAAUUUCGUAUGGAUUAUGAGAAUUUGAGAUCGGAGAGAUUACAUGAAAUGACGAAAGAUCAAUUAAUACAAGAAUAUCUUAAGUUGGAGAAUCAAACGGAAAUGAGCAUGAAGGCCAAAGAGAAUGAAAUUUCAGCAUUGAAUAAUAAAAUAAAAGAUUUAACACGACGCUUAGCCAAGAAAAAUGGGAAUGAUGGAAGGGCGGAGAGCGAAGAUUCAGAAUCUGAUUCCUCAUCAUCAUCAUCAUCGUCAUCGUCGUGCAGUAGUUCUGAUUCUGAUUGCGAAAUGGAACACAAUGCAAAUGAUGAAUAUACAGCAUCUGUGAUAACUGAACCGCAAAUCGUUUCAUGCUAAAUAAUCACAGGUUUUCUUUACUGAUAAUUUAUUUAACUUACCUUCUUAUUUUACUUUG